GGCAGCGACGGCGAUGACGACGAUGCGCGGCGGUUAGUAAACUUUUGUACACGGUCUGACCGACACGCCUGUUGCCACUGUUGACGUUGCCGUCGUCGUCCACCUAUCCUUCCGUCCGUCAAAGCAUAUUAUACAAAUUAAUUAUUAGACAGAAAGACGACACCACCACUGUUAUGCAAUCCGUUCGACGUUUAUUAGCGUGCACGUUCGUCGCGAUCGCUGUAUGCAGGUGCAUUGGCGCCCCAUCCUGUUCGCCAGAUAAGCUAGCCAGGUACCGGGUGGUGGUACGAACGUUCUGGACUCGUGACCGGUUCCCAAAACAUUUCCCUGAAUGGAGACCACAAGCCCAGUGGAGUAAAGUCGUGGGCAGGUCGCAUUCUAGAGGUUAUACCAUGUUCCGAGAAGGCACGCCAGCAUCUGAAAGUGUUCGCAUGUUCGCUAAGACCGGGCGCAGUGACAAAUUGGACGAUGGCGGUGGUGAAGGUUUGAUUGGAGGGAAUGGUGGACGAGCAGCCGAAGAUAUGGUACUGAAUACUUUUGUAGCGCCCAGCGUAUCGACAGGAGCUGCCUGGACUCAAUCUCAGUUCUUCGUUGAUGGAAAUCAUUCUAGGGUGUCAUUGAUGUCACGCAUGAUUCCAUCUCCGGAUUGGUUUAUUGGUAUAGAUUCGUUUGAUCUGUGCGUGAAUGGAAACUGGCUCGACAGCAUCACUAUUGAGGCUGAUCCAAUUGACGCGGGAUGCGACAAUGGCUUCACGUUUACCGCGCCGAACUGGCCCACCGAUCCACAGGGCAUUGUAUACCGAAUAAAAAGCAACUAUCCAUCACACCCUGCCAGCUCUUUUUAUUAUCCACAGUUCAAUCGGUUACCCACCAUAGCGACUUUUCAAUUUAUAAAAAUCAAAGAAUACGAACAAUCUUUGAACGGUAGAGGACAGGCAUCAGACCCCACGGUAAAAAUCGAAGAGAGCGUUAUUAAAGUUUUAAAUGGUGACAGUGAUAGCGAUCGUGAGGUACAACUGGAAAUGGAACAGCAAAGACGAGAACAAGAGUACAAUAACUAUAAAAGUAUUGGCGAUGAUAAAGUAUUGGUUUCCAAUAACGUUACAUCGUCCAUAUCAAUACCAAAAGGUAAUAAAGAAGCGUUGAUGAACAGUAUUUUGGACAAUUAUCAUGUUCAAAAACAUAAGAAAACUCACAAAAAAUCAAGGUACCGGGACUGCAGAUUAGGUGUCUGGUCUGAAUGGAGUGCAUGCAGCGUGUCAUGUGGUAUCGGCGAAAUGCAGAGGCGCAGAGAAGUGAUAAAACACCCAAGAGGAGCAGGACGGCAGUGUCCACCAUUGUUGCAGACCAAAUGGUGUGGGAGCGCCAAAGACUGUCCCUCACAAACACAUUUUGAGUGGUAAUAAUACAAGUUACAAUAACAUAUAUCAUAUUAUGUUUUGUAUGUUGUUAUAAUAAUAUUAUAUUAUAAUAAAUGUAUACUGUACAUCAAAUAAUUAAUAAUAAUUUUAUUUUAUAAAAAACAUCAUUUCACAAAAUGUUAAUCAAUAACUGAUUCAGAAUUACGAUUUCCUAAAUUCCUAAAACACUUUUCGCGUACAACAUAUAGGUAGUAUUAUAUAUUAUAAUAUAUAUUGUUAUUUAAAACGCUAAUUGCACUCCAAGUAUCGACAACUAAAUCGUGUCACUAGCCUUAUUUAUCGCCAACCUCCUUCAUGCAAUAUUUUAUUUAAGUUUUGUCUCCUUAUAUUUUAAGACAGAAUUGUAAAAUUGACUGUAAAAUAUUUAAUUGUAUAGAUAAGGUAUAGGUUUAUCAAAAACUUUAGAUCAAUUUAAGAUUAUAUUAUAUUAUAUUAUAUUUACAACAGUACCUUUGUAUGUUAAGACGUGUAUUAUAUUAUUUAUUUUCCAUUCAAGUGGCCAAGCUAAUUAUGAAUUAAAAUUAAGAUAAUAAUUACGUUUUUGACAUCAAAUAUGAUAAUAAUAUUGUAUGUAUUAAUUUUACGAGAGCAAAAAUUUGUAUAAUCUCACCAUUGUAUUAUUUAACGUCUGGCAUAGAUAUUGUGGUUUUUUUUUUCGAACGAAAUAACUAUUAUUAAAAAGACGUACUUAAUAUUGUUGUAAUAAGCAAACUAAUUAUUAGAUUUUUAAAAUCUAUUAAAAAUUGAUUAUUUAUAUAAUUCAUUUUAAUAAUUUAUCUUCUUAGUAUUUUAUUGUGUAAUAUAUUUUUAGAAUACCACGUUCAGUAUGAUUAAAAUAAUUGUAUUUUGUAUAAUAUAGGUUAUGUAUCAUUGAUUGUAAAAUGAUAAUAUGUAUUUUUUAUUAUAAUGUAAUAUUGUAUUAGUAAUUUAAUUUGACUAUUUAAUUGUAAUUUAGAUGUACCGGAAUUAUGAAAAAAACAUACUUACCUAUAUCAUAAUAAUACAUAAUAAUUUAGGUAAUAAAAUAUGGUGUUAUAAUUAAUUGUGGAUUGUGAUAAACAAUAUUAUCAUACUAAUUUUUUUUUUUUACUUUCAUCUAUAAUUGUCCAUAAGUUGUAGUUAUUUUUUCUAAUUACCCUUUGACUGCGUAUAUGAGUAUAUAAUAAUAAUUUUUAUUAUAAUUAUUAUUAUAAUAUAAACACAUAAAUACAUAAUCAUAUCAUUGUAUUUAUAAUAUAUCAUAUCAUACAGAUAUUAUAUUCUUAAA